CUGAGCCUGCGUCCGUGGAGGGGGAGGGUUUCCCCUGCCUGGCCGGAGUUGCGGCUGGGCGCUUCGGGCUCACUGCGCCAACGACUGUCAAGAGAGUAAGAAGAGUGGAGCUGCCGGAAGUGUUUGCGCGCGGUGGGAGAAACUUUGCAGCCCCGGCUGCGACCCCGAGUCUCUCCACCCUCGUGAUUUGAGAGACGAUGCGCCCCGAUGACAACGACCUGAGCAGACCCGCGCCUCGGCCCGCCGCCCGCGCCUACGUUCGCCUCGCCUCUGGGGAGGAAGACUAGCCGGGCGCAGGCGGCGCGGCGCGCGGGGCCCGUUUCCUCUGCGCCGUCCCAGUGCGUUCCGGAGCGUUCGCCGCGAUCGCGCGUCCCCAGCGCCGGCCGCGGUCGCCGGCUGUCCCCGCCCUGACCGCCGGCCCCGACGUGCCCUCGGCCGGAGCUGGCAGUGCCUGUGCCAUGGGGCUGCCCACUCUGGAGUUCAGCGAUUCCUACUUGGACAGCCCGGAUUUCAGGGAGCGACUGCAGUGUCACGAGAUUGAGUUGGAGCGAACCAACAAGUUCAUCAAAGAGCUUAUUAAGGACGGCUCUCUGCUUAUUGGGGCGCUGAGGAAUCUGUCUAUGGCAGUACAGAAAUUUUCCCAGUCACUACAAGACUUCCAGUUUGAAUGUAUUGGUGAUGCUGAAACAGAUGAUGAAAUUAGUAUUGCUCAAUCACUGAAAGAAUUUGCAAGACUGCUUAUUGCAGUAGAAGAAGAAAGGCGAAGAUUGAUUCAAAAUGCUAAUGAUGUACUAAUUGCACCACUUGAGAAAUUUCGAAAAGAACAAAUAGGUGCAGCAAAAGAUGGAAAGAAGAAAUUUGACAAGGAGAGUGAAAAAUACUAUUCUAUUCUUGACAAGCAUUUGAAUUUGUCAGCAAAGAAAAAGGAAUCUCAUUUGCAAGAGGCAGAUACACAGAUUGACCGCGAACAUCAAAACUUCUACGAAGCAUCAUUAGAAUAUGUCUUUAAAAUUCAAGAAGUACAGGAAAAGAAGAAGUUUGAAUUUGUUGAGCCGCUUUUAUCAUUCCUUCAGGGUUUAUUUACUUUUUACCACGAGGGAUAUGAACUUGCCCAAGAAUUUGCACCAUAUAAGCAACAGCUACAGUUUAACUUGCAGAAUACAAGAAAUAAUUUUGAAAGCACUCGGCAAGAAGUAGAGCGGUUGAUGCAGAGGAUGAAAUCUGCCAACCAAGACUACAGACCACCCAGCCAAUGGACAAUGGAAGGCUAUCUUUAUGUCCAGGAGAAACGACCACUUGGCUUCACAUGGAUUAAACAUUAUUGUACAUAUGAUAAGGGAAGUAAAACGUUUACAAUGAGUGUUUCAGAAAUGAAAUCCAGUGGGAAAAUGAAUGGGCUUGUUACUAGCUCACCAGAAAUGUUUAAGUUAAAAUCUUGUAUCCGACGGAAGACAGACUCAAUUGACAAACGAUUCUGCUUUGACAUAGAAGUAGUUGAAAGGCAUGGGAUCAUUACAUUGCAGGCCUUUUCCGAAGCUAAUAGGAAACUUUGGCUUGAAGCCAUGGAUGGAAAGGAACCGAUUUAUACCCUGCCUGCCAUUAUUAGCAAGAAAGAAGAAAUGUACUUAAAUGAAGCAGGGUUCAACUUUGUGAGGAAAUGCAUUCAAGCUGUGGAAGCAAGAGGCAUCACCAUUUUAGGACUGUACCGAAUAGGAGGAGUGAAUUCCAAAGUUCAAAAGCUCAUGAACACCACAUUUUCUCCAAAGUCCCCUCCUGAUAUCGACAUUGAUAUUGAGCUGUGGGACAAUAAGACCAUAACGAGUGGGCUGAAAAACUACCUCAGGUGCCUUGCAGAACCACUGAUGACUUACAAGUUGCACAAAGACUUUAUUGUUGCUGUUAAAUCGGAUGACCAGAACUACAGAGUGGAGGCUGUACACGCACUGGUGCACAAAUUGCCAGAGAAAAACAGAGAGAUGCUGGACAUCUUAAUAAAGCACCUGGUCAAAGUAUCACUACAUAGCCAACAAAAUCUCAUGACUGUCUCAAAUCUUGGUGUCAUAUUUGGUCCAACUCUGAUGAGAGCCCAGGAGGAAACUGUAGCUGCCAUGAUGAAUAUAAAAUUUCAGAACAUAGUGGUUGAAAUUCUGAUAGAGCACUAUGAAAAGAUUUUUCAUACCGCUCCAGACCCAAGCAUUCCUCUUCCUCAGCCUCAGUCUCGGUCUGGAUCCCGAAGGACUAGAGCAAUCUGCCUCUCCACCGGCUCCCGGAAGCCCAGAGGGAGGUAUACGCCAUGCCUGGCAGAGCCUGAUAGUGACUCCUAUAGCAGCAGCCCAGACAGCACCCCCAUGGGUAGCAUUGAGUCACUCUCGUCUCACUCAUCUGAACAAAACAGCACUACAAAGUCAACUUCCUGCCAGCCCAGGGAGAAAUCUGGAGGGAUUCCCUGGAUUGCAACCCCAUCAUCUUCCAAUGGACAGAAAAGUCUUGCUCUUUGGACAACUAGCCCUGAGUCAAGUUCUAGAGAAGAUGCAACCAAAACAGAUGCAGAAUCAGAUUGCCAGAGUGUUGCCUCAGUCACUACUCCAGGGGACGUUUCCCCACCUAUAGACCUCGUCAAGAAGGGACCUUACAGCCUUUCAGGACUGAAAAGAACCUCUGCUUCCUCCCUCAGAUCCAUCUCUGCAGCUGAAGGAAACAAGAGCUACAGUGGAUCCAUUCAAAGCUUAACUUCUAUAGGUUCCAAGGAGACAGCCAAAGCCACACCAAACCCAGAGCUGCCUCCAAAAAUGUGCAGACGGUUAAGGCUAGACACUGCUUCAAGCAAUGGCUAUCAGCGACCUGGUUCAGUAGUGGCAGCAAAGGCCCAACUAUUUGAAAAUGUUGGUUCACUUAAGCCAGUUUCUUCUGGGCGCCAAGCCAAAGCCAUGUAUUCCUGUAAAGCAGAGCACAGCCAUGAGCUCUCCUUCCCACAGGGGGCAAUAUUUUCUAAUGUGUACCCAUCAGUGGAACCAGGAUGGUUAAAGGCAACUUAUGAAGGCAAAACAGGACUAGUCCCAGAAAAUUAUGUUGUCUUCCUCUAAUACUAUUUAGUGGAUGGCAGUAUCUUCAUGGUAUCCAUGGUAACAAAUAAUAAGUGCUAUGAUUUUUAUCUGACACAGAUAUGGGGAUCAACCCACUAAAUGAAAACAGUCAAUUUCUAUCAAGUUCUUCAUCAGCAGACUAUGUAGCUCCCUAUUAAUGGAGAAAGAAAAAAUGUUAAAAUUGUGGCCAUUCUUUUUUGGCUGCUUUUUUAUUUUAUGGUAACAAGUAGUUUUCCACAAUGCCUCUUCCAUAGCAACUGUAGAAUCUCAAAUACUGUGUUCAUUACUAUAUCCUUAAAAUCUGGAACCCAGAAAUCUGCUUAUAUGGAUUUUGAGAUUUUUUCCUUUACUGCCUGGCAUUCUCUGAGGAAGCUUGAUCAAUACUUAAAAGUAUAAUUUAAAUUGUUCAUCUAUUAUUUUUUCUUAAAAAUAAUACUCCUUUUAUAUAUGAUUGUUUUGCUGGUCCUAAACAUUUCAAGGAAAUAUAACUCUUUGUUUUAACAUUAUUUUAUAUGUUUUCCAAGUAGAUGAUAAUAUUUCAAAAGCAAUGAUAUACAUAAUGUCUGUAAAAAAAAAAAAAGCCAAAUUAAGUCGUACACUGAUUC